AGCUGUAUCUGAGUUGAUAAUAAGUUGGGUUGGAGUACAACGACGACGACACUCUCAUCUCAUUCAGCUCAAACACAAUGGCAGAAGAAUCCCAAAUUCAACACUCACAUUCUCAACAACAAGAGCAUUUCGACAACAAAACCGGUGACAAAACAGGAAUUACCAAGCCCAGUGGACAAGUUCACCGAGAUGGAGAUUACCAUCGCGCAGUUCACGUUUGGAUUUUCGCCGAGAGCACACAGCAGUUACUUCUCCAACGUCGUGCUACUCGCAAAGAUUCACGGCCUGAUCUUUGGGACAUUUCUAGCGCCGGUCACAUCUCUGCCGGUGAUUCCGCUCUCGUCACUGCUAGGUACUUCAAAUACUCAAUUUUCAUUUCUCUCUGAGUAGAAAUUUAGUUCCCCAGUUUGUCUCACAUGCAAAAUGGAUAGAUGACAU